AUUGAGACGUCAAUUGAAAAAGAGGCGGUUCUACAUUGGCACCAAAGUCCGAAGGCUAUAGAGUGUCUGACGAGGCUUUAUAGGCAGUAUAAUAAUUGAACAGAUCUUUGCAAGUGCUGUCAGUGGCGACAGUAUGGAAAUAUCCAAAGGGGAUGACCAUACUACAGAGCAUGCAGCUACGUUAUUAGGGUCGCCGAGGCUUGAUAAUCAGAUGAGACACAGUGAUAAAGUGAAUGGGAACUCCAAUAAAUGCAAAAUCAUUCUUGGGGUGCUGUUGCUGUGCUUGUUGGUGGUACUCAUUCUUGCAGUGGUGUUUGCUUUGAGGCAGCGGUGUGACAUAGAAGUGAUCAGCUGUAGAAACAGGUGUGUGACCGGGAGCAGGGUCAAGUCUGCAACAUGCCACUGCGAUCCCUCCUGUGAGGCGGAGGGAACCUGCUGCCUGGACUACCAGGAAGUGUGUGUAGAGCCUGGUCAGCGUUGGACCUGUUCCAAAUUCCGCUGUGGGGAAGAAAGGUUGUCCUACAGUCUGUGCUCCUGCUCAGGAGGCUGUGAGGCGGUGGGAGAUUGCUGCUCUAACUACUACAGCAUGUGCAAGGUGGGUGGGAAGUCGUGGCUGGAGGAUGAGUGUGAGGACAUCAAAACACCCCAAUGUCCUGUUGGUUUCUCCAAACCCCCUCUCAUCCUGGUGUCUAUGGAUGGGUUCCGAGCAGGGUACUUGAAGGCUUACGGCAGCCUCCUUCCUGUCAUCAGCAAGUUACGCAACUGCGGGACAUCUACCCCACACAUGAGACCUGCUUACCCCACCAAAACCUUUCCAAAUCAUUACACCAUUGUGACUGGCCUUUAUCCUGAGUCUCAUGGAAUUGUGGACAACAAAAUGUACGAUGUGACCCUGAAUGCCAGCUUCAGUCUAAAAGCUGCAGAGAAGUUCAAUGCCAAAUGGUACCUAGGCGAGCCGAUCUGGUUGACUGCCAUGUACAACAACCUGAAAUCAGCCACUUUCUUUUGGCCUGGAUCGGAUGUAGACAUCAAAGGAAGAUUCCCAGAUUACUACAAAAAGUAUGACAGGGUUAUUCCAUUUGAGAAGAGAAUCACAACCUUAUUUGAAUGGCUGAGUUUGACUGAGAGGAAAAGGCCUGAUUUCUACACUUUGUACUUAGAAGAGCCAGACUCUUCGGGUCAUCGCUAUGGGCCGAUGAGCAGCCAGGUGAUCGAGGCUCUGCUGAAGGUGGACAGGCUCCUGGGGCUGCUGAUGGACGGGCUCAAACAGAGGAACCUGCACCGCUGUGUCAACAUCAUCCUCCUGUCUGACCACGGAAUGGAGGAGGCUUCCUGUCAGAAGGCCGCCUAUGUCUCAUCUUACCAAGAAAACAUCCAGGACUUCACCGUCAUCCAGGGCCCCGCUGCCAGAAUCAGACCUGUGCGCCUGCCCGAAGACUUCUUCUCCUUUGACUAUGAGGGGCUGGUGAAGAACAUAUCGUGUAAGAUCCCAGACCAGCCCAUGAGGCCCUUCCUGAAGGAGCACCUACCAAAACGGAUGCACUUUGCCAACAAUGUGCGGAUUGAAAGGGCCCAUCUCUACAUGAAGCCUGCCUGGCAGGCAGCACUUCAGCCUAAGGAAAUCAAGUACUGCACUGGUGGAUUCCAUGGCUCGGAUAACGUUUUCAAAAACAUGCAGACUAUUUUCAUGGGUUAUGGCCCAGGGCUGAAGUACAAAACUUUUGUUCCACCUUUCGAAAAUAUUGAAGUUUACAAUCUUCUGUGCGAUUUGUUAGGCAUUCCGCCUGCCCCCAACAACGGGACUCAUGGGAGUCUCAACCACCUCCUCCGAAACCCCACUUUCCUGCCUGUCUACCCUGCUGAACUUUCCCAUGACUCACCUUGUGACGGCAGAAGCCUCGCCCCCACAGACAACCUGGGCUGCUCCUGCAGCUCCCGCACCAAGCUACAGGAGAAGGCUCUGAACAAACAGCUCCUCAAAGCUAAUGCUAGUUCCACAGCGGAGCUUCGUUAUCACCUCCCAUACGGAACCCCCAGAGUUCUCAUGGAGAACGCAGACUACUGUCUCCUGCGCCAGACUGACUACAUCAAUAGCUACAGCAAAGACCUUCGCAUGCCCCUCUGGGUGGCAUAUACCAUCCAGCCACUGGAUCAUGUCCAGGCUCUGAGCCCAGAGCGGCUGGCGUGCGUGCGUCCUGACGUACGUGUCCCAGCGACAGCGAGCCAGACGUGCACGCGCUACAGUGAUGACCCAGGCCUGUCCUUCGGCCUGCUCCACCCUCCCAAUCUGAGUACCAAUGGUUCAGAAGCAGAUUCCCUCAUCACCAGCAACAUGGCACCUAUGUUCCCUGCUUUCCAAGAUGUAUGGACCUACUUUCAUGAUGUAAUUGUGCCAAAAUACUCACAGCAACUGAAUGGAGUCAAUGUGAUGAGUGGGCCUGUCUUUGACAAUGACUAUGAUGGAAAGUUUGAUGAUUUUUCAACAAACUCUGUGAACAUGCCCACUCACUACUUUGUGAUCUUGACCAGCUGUGGGAACUCAUCGUUUCCCCCUGUGGACUGUGAGGGUCCCCUUCAGGCCCGGUCCUUCCUCCUUCCCCACAGGGCCGACCACACAGAGACCUGUGCUAAUGGAUCAGACUUCCAGUGGGUCCAAGACUGGGCUCAGUUCCAUGCUGCGCGAGUCCGAGAUGUAGAACUCCUGACUGGACUGAGCUUUUACCAUGAAAGGAUAUCAGUAGCCGAGACGCUCCAAUUUAAAACUGUUUUACAAACUGUAUAGGAUCAGAGACACAAAGAAAGCUAUUAUGUUAAAGAUAAGUAUUUUCUAUGAUUUUUUGCAUAGUAGAUGUGUUACUUAGCCCACUGGGUUUUAUUUAUACUACAGCACAUAAGUUUUGUAAAAAAAAAUAUAUUAUUGCCAGGGCAUUUCAGGAAACCUCAGACAUUCUGGAAAUGUCUGUUUCUGCCAUACUUUGUUAUGUCUGACAAUGUUUUUGACUCAGAUUUGGAAAGUUGUCAGUGACAGCAAGUACAGGCAGCAGUAAGGGGAGUUUAAAGGACCUUUUGGUCUGUAAGAGCAUUAAAACAGGGAAACUUCAUCCUGAAGACAUCAUUAUCAAUAGCCAGUUUUACAAAUGUUUUUUUAUUUUGUUAGAUUGUCCUUUUGUAUUUUGAUGAUAAUAGUGUUCUGUGUUGCUGCAUAUCUGUCAAUACCAAAAAUGUAUUAAAUAUAAAACAAAAAACGUAA